AUGCCUUAUCGACCCCCUCCCUCCAACAAUUCUGACUCAGACAUGGAACAUUCAAGGUAUGUCUCAAACCUAGAGAGAGCGGUAUCAAAACGUGCCACAGAAGAUGCACACCGCACACCAAAAAGCAUGGCACAACACAAGGGCAAGAAGCCUAGGAAGGACACGUUGAAGUGUGAUAAUCAAGACGUCUACAAGAGUGCUGCAUGCUGGAUCCCAUGUGCCAGGCAAGAUUGGACAAAAUAUCGGGCAGUGAUGAUGAUUCCGGAUGCUUUACUGAUGAUCUUCAUCUGUAAAAGGAUCAAAGGACAUACCUCAAGAUUUUCAAACAGGUCCUUAACCUCGUCCCUGGCUUAUGUGCUAAGGCCAAGUCUGAAGGCGUAUAUAUGCACACUUAUCACAUCUAGUCAGAUGAUCAAAAGCAGCUCCAAUGUUCGCACAGUGGACACGACGCACAUGAAGAAGUUUGUUGCUGAGUAUGCGGCACUUGAUCUGGUCAUGCAGCCAUUGAAACUGGCACUUGUGCUGGCCAACAAAUGUGAUCGUGGGUUUUCACAUCUGAUGCUUAACAAGCUCAAGAGCAAUGAGAUUAAGGUCUUGGUCAAGCAUUGGCCCGCCUUUGUAUACAAGGACUACCAGUAUAACCCAAGCGACCGCAAGAAGGGAUUAUUCCACGGUCACCUCCUUAUCUGUGCAUGGUGCGCUAUAUACAUAGGCCCGUCAGCAGCAAGGCUAGGCCCCAACAGCAACAUCUGGAAAACCACCCCUUUGUAUUAA